AUGGAUGUGGAGGAUUUUUACACUUUUAUAUCGUCUCCAUCUCUGACAGGCUCCAUCACAGACACAGCUGCAGCUCCUCAGACACAGCUGCAGCUCCUCAGACACAGCCGCAGCUCCUCAGACACAGCUGCAGCUCCUCAGACACAGCUGCAGCUCCUCAGACACAGCCGCAGCUCCUCAGACACAGCUGCAGCUCCUCAGACACAGCUGCAGCUCCUCAGACACAGCUGCAGCUCCUCAGACACAGCCGCAGCUCCUCAGACACAGCUGCAGCUCCUCAGACACAGCCGCAGCUCCUCAGACACAGCUGCAGCUCCUCAGACACAGCCGCAGCUCCUCAGACACAGCCGCAGCUCCUCAGACACAGCCGCAGCUCCUCAGACACAGCCGCAGCUCCUCAGACACAGCUGCAGCUCCUUCUCUCUGCAGUUUCCUCGAAUCACGCUGAUUCUGGCCUGUCCCAUGGACCUGAAGAACUUUCCUAUGGACGUCCAGACCUGCAUCAUGCAACUGGAGAGCUUCGGCUACACCAUGAACGACCUGAUCUUUGAGUGGGAUGAGAAAGGAGCGGUGCAGGUCGCAGACGGACUCACUCUGCCUCAGUUCAUCCUGAAGGAGGAGAAGGACCUGCGCUACUGCACAAAGCACUAUAACACAGAACUUUUGGGAUUCUCUCACAACCUCUUCGUCUUCCUCCUCUCUCUCUUCGUCUUCCUCCUCUCUCUCUUCGUCUUCCUCCUCUCUCUCCUCUCUUCUCUCUCCUCUCUUCUCUCGUCUUCCUCCUCUCUCGCCUCCUCUCUCUCUGCUCUCUCUCCUCUCCCCCCCUCUCCCCCUCUCCUCUCCCCCUCUCCUCUCCCCCUCCCCUCUCUCCCUCCUCUCCUCCCCCUCUCCUCUCUCCCCCCUCUCCCCCCUCUCCUCCCUCUCUCUCCUCCCCCCUCUCCUCCCUCCUCUCCUCCCUCCUCUCCUCCCCCCUCUCCUCCCCCUCUCCUCCCCCUCUCCUCCCCCCUCUCUACCCCCUCUCUCCCCCCUCUCUCCCCCCUCUCUCACCCCUCCUCUCCCCCCUCUCCUCCCCCCUCUCCUCCCCCCCUCCUCCCCCCUCUCCCCCCUCUCCUCCCCCUCUCCUCCUCCCCCCUCUCCUCCCCCCUCUCCUCCCCCUCUCCUCCCCCCUCUCUCCCCCCUCUCUCCCCCCUCUCCUCCCCCCUCUCCUCCCCCUCUCCUCCCCCCUCUCCUCCCCCCUCUCCUCCCCCUCUCCUCCCCCGUCUCUCCUGUCUUGUCCUGUGGUGUUGGUGUGUUUACGAGCCGGAGUCUAAUUGGUUUGGACUGAGACCAUCACUCAAAGUGACGUUCACUGUCACUGUCAAAUAG